CAUUGAUAAACACCUACCCACAGGUCUGGUGGCUCUGUACACCGUUAACUCAACCCAUUGUAAUUUAAUAUUCGUCAGUUAUUCCCAUUGGCUAUUGUUGCUAGAUGCUGGUGACCAAGUUUCUUCGUAAUUUUUUCUCGGUCAGAAUUGAACACCACAGCGACAAGGCUUCAACGUUGGGGUUAUAAUAACCUUAACCUUGGUCGCUGUCUUUCUCUCUCUGUGGAUGGAACAAACUAGAAGUGGCAAGAGAAGCUUCAAAUCACAUUCAUCUACCCUACCUUAACCAUAACCAAAUCCCAAAUAUUAACCCCCCCUUUUUUUAAUGUUGAUGUAAGGAACUAAUUUGAAGGGUGGUGGUGAUUAGGUUAUUAGCCCUUAGGGUUUAUAAAUGUUGAGUACCUCUUCUUAUUCUGUCUUCACCCGUUCCUUUCUCCCCAAUCCAAUUAAGGGUAUCCCCCGACCAGCUACACUUCGACCUUUUCCUGGGAUCUUGGAAUCUCAUGCCAAGUCUCCAAAGAACAGAUUGAGUAUUUUGUGCUUUAGGCACGACCAUCAUUCUCCAGAAACACCCCAACCUGAAGUUAUCGAGCACUAUCUUCAUGAGGAAUUGGUGCAAUCUGAAUUCAAUGACUCCAGUGUCACCAAAAGAGACUGGAAAUCAACCAUUCAGAAGGCUGCAAAUGAAGUCUUUAAAGUAAUUGGUUAUCGAUGGGUUGUGCCAUGGAAUGCAAUGACUAUAUUACAAGUUAUGCUUCUUUGGACGACGGCAUUUUGGUUUAUAGGAUCUUGGAUGAUCCCUUUUGCUGCCCAUAUAACUGGCUUUAGCAAGGAAUCUUUGACAUUUAGAGGGCAGGCAUUAUUCAGCCUUGUUACUGAUGUAACUGAAGGACUUGCUGGAGUUGCGAUUCUUCUUCGCUGUCUUUCUCGAUUUCGCCCCCUUCCACCUGACUGGUUCGAGUUUAGCCUGAAAGGGAAUUGGCAAUUAGAUGUCAUAAUGGGAUGUCUCAUGUUUCCGCUCGUCAAUCGGCUCUCACAGUUCAACCUGGACCUCCUACCCCUUUUGCCCUCCACACCCGUCACCCUUUCAAGUGUUGAACAAUCAAUAAGGGCGAGGGAUCCUGUGGCAAUGCUAUUGUAUGCAACAGUAGUGUCAGUCUGUGCUCCAGUGUGGGAGGAGAUAGUUUUCCGUGGCUUUCUGCUCCCUUCCCUCACCAAAUACAUGCCAGUGUGGUGUGCAAUACUGGUAAGUUCAAUCGCCUUUGCUCUUGCACAUUUUAACAUACAGAGGAUGCUUCCCCUUAUAUUUCUUGGGAUGGUGAUGGGUGUGAUAUAUACACGGUCAAGGAAUUUACUGCCAUCAAUGCUGUUGCAUAGUCUUUGGAAUGGCUUCGUCUUCUUAGAUUUGAUGAAAUAGCUUCUCAAACGUUGUGAUUCUCUUGUAAGCAGAGUCCAAUGUGUAGGUAGAAUUGCAGGCACUAGCAUGCGGGUUUAUGCUUUGGAUAAGCAUUUUCAGAAGUAAAAUGCAUAUGCAUAUAGAACAGUACGUACAUCGUUAAGGUACGCUGAUCAAGUGUAUUUGCAAGGAAGGAGUAACAUGAGCUGAUGCAAUCUUAUAAUUGUACAUUAUGAAAAACAGUGCCCCUCAUUUGUCCAUAUAUGCUAUGAAUACGUAGUAUAAUUUGAGUUACUCCCCCCUUCCUUUUUACUGUAAACAUUCAUUUUGGGUAACAUGAUGCUGAAGGACUUUUGUAUUAUAUAUUCUGAAUGAACUCAUCCUUUAAGGCUAAUCUAAAAAUAAACGUGAAGUUAUUGACGGGA